CAAUGAUCACAGAGACAUUUCUAAGUAACUUUCUUUCACCUUCAUACUUUCUCACCCCCAACUCCUUCCCCUCUUCCCUUCUCCCAUAAUCGUAUGGUAGUUUUUCGAGCAUAUUUCAUCUUUGAUGUCCUUGUCUGGGAUUAUUGCCUUGGACAGCCCGAUUCUGCUCUUCUUCUUCUCCUCCCCGUUGCAGCCCAGCCGAAAAAAAAAAAAAAAAAAAAAAGUGCCAGCCGCGGGCAAUGGUAGAAAGCUUGAUUUUAUCCUUCUUUUCUUGCUCAAGAACCAAGUUUCAAGCUUAGAACUCUCUCUCCCAACCCAGAAAUUCUAGAUCUGCUCUGCGUCUUCCUCCCUCUGCCGUCCGCGAGCUGCAGCUUGUGCGAAUUCUGGACAUUUUUCUGGCCGUGAGCUUCUUCUCUAAAAUUCCC